AUGUACACAAGUAUUGGAGCACGCCCUGACAUCACACAUGCAGUGAGUCAGGCAUGCCAGUUUGCAAAUAAUCAUGUGAGACAACAGUGGAUUGCAGUAAAGAGAAUCUUAAGGUACCUCAAAGGUACAAGUUCACUAAAGCUGAGAUUUAUAAAAUCAAAAGACACCAGCUUGAAAGUAUUCUGUGAUGCUGACUGGGGGUCAGAUGAGGACGACACACUUUCCUACACUGGAUACCUGUUUGCACUAGCAGGUGCAGCCGUCAGCUGGGCAAGUAGGAAACAACCCACAGUUGCUCUUUCUACAACAGAAGCGGAUAACAAGGCGCUCACAGAAACUUCGAAAGAAGCACUAUGGAUAAAAGAGACUUUAUGUGAGAUAGGCCUUCUUUAUCGCAGUGAGAUCAACAAAAAGUCUGUGAAUCACAGCAGGUUGAUACGCAAGGAGGACUUCUUAAAACAAGCCUUCUCUGCUUAUCAGAUCUCUGUUCCAUUCCUGUAG